UCGGAGAUUAUAAACUUCCGGCCGUAAACGAAGCAAAGAAGCCAAAAGUUUCAGAUAAUAACAUUCAACUAAACACAAGAGGCUAACGACGACCAGCCACCCAUGGGUGUAGAUUAUUACAAGAUUCUCCAAGUAGACCGUAACGCCAAAGACGAGGAUUUGAAGAAAGCAUAUCGCAAACUCGCCAUGAAGUGGCAUCCAGACAAGAACCCUAACAACAAGAAAGAAGCGGAAGCCAAAUUUAAACAAAUCUCUGAAGCUUACGAUGUUUUGAGUGAUCCACAAAAAAAGGCGGUAUAUGAUCAGUAUGGAGAGGAAGGCUUGAAAGGCCAGGUCCCACCACCUGGUGCGGGCGGGUUUUCGGGUGGACCAUCGACGACGUUUCGGUUCAAUACGAGGAAUCCCGAGGAUAUAUUUUCCGAGUUUUUCGGGUUUUCGAGUCCAUUUUCAGGGAUGGGUGAUAUGGGGGGUUCACGCGCAAGCUCGUCAAAUUUUCCGAGAGGAAUGUUCGGCGAUGAUAUUUUUGCGUCGUUUAGAGGAGCCGCCGGCGAAGGCUCUACUAAUGCGCCGAGAAAAGCUGCGGCAAUAGAGCGAACAUUACCUUGUAGUUUGGAAGAAUUGUAUAAGGGGACAACCAAGAAGAUGAAGAUUUCUAGGGACGUUAUUGACGCCAGUGGGAAACCCAAUACCGUUGAGGAAAUUCUGACAAUUGAAGUGAAGCCAGGAUGGAAGAAAGGGACAAAAAUAACUUUUCCAGAGAAGGGUAAUGAACAGCGGAAUGUUAUACCAUCGGAUCUCAUCUUCAUCAUUGAUGAGAAGCCUCACAGUGUGUUCAAGAGGGAUGGAAAUGAUCUUAUAGUCACCCAAAAGAUAUCUCUUGUGGAAGCUCUAACUGGUUACACAGCACAAUUGACAUCGCUUGAUGGGCGGAAUCUGACAGUGCCCAUCAACUCUGUCAUCAAUCCCACCUAUGAAGAAGUUGUUAAAGGGGAGGGGAUGCCUAUACCCAAGGAACCUUCCAAAAGGGGAAACUUGAGAAUCAAGUUCAACAUCAAGUUUCCAUCCAAGCUUACCUCAGAACAGAAAACUGGACUUAAACGAUUAAUAGCUUCAUGAAGAGUAAGAGGACAAAAGUAAUACUACAUGAACUGACUGAUAAUGAAUACAAUCACAAGUACAAAUGUUGACUUGUUAUCAUGUGAUUGAGUAUUUCUAAUUUAAAAUUUUUCAAUCACAUGAUAAUAUAUCAAUGUUUAUAUUUAUGUUUGUACCAAUUGUCAGUACAUGCAGUGUUAUUGCCUCAUAAAAGAUCAUCAAAACUCAUGUCAGCUUGCUUUUGGUUUUCCUUGCUGGUCUUCUGAUUCUUGAAAGGGAAAUUUAUAUGUUGUUGAAUUCAUGAUUCCAUACAUUUAGUGUUAUAAAUUUAAAUUGUUAUUUGCA